UCCCUCUCUCUCCUCCUCUCUCUCUCUUUCUCCGCACACACUCUCCUGGCACCGGGGUUUUACGCGCGCGCGCACCGGGGGGUGUGUGUGGGGGGGGCUACAUGUAGUCGGGAACCGGAGCGCACGGUGGGAGACUUGUCGUCGGCUUCCUUUGCGCCAUGGAGGACUGCUGCUCCCCAGAAAGCGAGAGGAUGGAAGCGUGGCUGGACGACCACUUGGAGUUCACCCACUCCUACUUCAUCAGGAAGGCGUCAAGGGAGAUGGUGAAUGCCUGGUUCGCUGAGCGCGUCCACACCAUCCAGCCAUCCGCCUCCAAAGAAAAUCCUGCUCAGCAGCGGCCCAACCAGUCGUCCACAGACCCUGGUCCCCCCUCUGCCUCCACCAUCCUCCCACCCACGCUCAGCCUCUUGGACAAUCGCUGCCCUUCCCCGGCCACGGCCCCCGGCACCCCGACCCGCAAAAUCUCAGCAUCAGAGUUCGACCGCCCGCUCAGACCCAUCGUGGUUAAGGACUCCGAGGGCUCUCUGACGUUUCUGAGCGACGCUGACCGUGAGACUGUCCCUCUCCGAGGUCCGGUGAUGGGUGAGGGUGGUGUUGUUGUGGGUAACGGAAGCGGGUGCAGGGGGGCAGGCAGCGGGGGUGACCGCUGCGCCAGGCUGCUGGAGCUGGUGAAGGACGUGUCGAGUCAUCUGGACGUGACAGCACUCUGCCACAAGAUCUUCCUCCACAUCAACGAGCUGAUCGCUGCAGACCGCUACUCGCUGUUCCUGGUGGGUGAGGACAGCUCCAACAGAAAGUUCCUGGUCAGCCGGCUGUUCGACGUGGCCGAGGGAACCACACUGGAGGAAUCCUCCAGUAGUUGCAUCAAGCUGGAGUGGAACAAGGGCAUCGUGGGACACGUCGCCGCAACGGGUCAGCCACUCAACAUCAAGAACGCGUACGAGGACCCGAGGUUCAACGCUGAGGUCGACCUGAUCACAGGUUACAAAACCCACAGUAUCCUGUGUCUGCCCAUCAAGAACCACAGAGCCGAGGUCGUCGGCGUGGCUCAGGCUAUCAAUAAGAAGAGUGGGGAGGAUGGUGCCUUCACUGAACAGGAUGAAAAGGACUUCUCAGCCUAUUUGGCCUUUUCAGGCAUCGUCCUGCACAACGCUCAGCUCUACGAGACGUCGCAGCUGGAAAACCGACGCAAUCAGGUGCUGUUGGAGUUGGCCAGUCUGAUCUUUGAGGAGCAGCAGUGUCUUGAGGUCUUACUGAAGAAGAUCGCAGGAACCAUCCUGUCCUUCAUGCAGGCACAUGCCUGUACCGUCUUCACUGCGGACGAAGACUCGAUGAACUCCUUCUCUAGGGUCUUUCACAUGGAGUACGAGGAGCUGGGCGAAGUCCUAGAUGCUCCCAAAAGGGACUGUGAUGUCAGUCAGAUCAACUACAUGUACGCCCAGUACGUCAAAAACACAAUGCAGCCACUCAACAUCGUAGACGUCACCAAGGACCAACGCUUCCCCUGGACAAGUGAAAAUCCAGAUCACAACAGCAACCAGAUAAAGAGUUUGCUCUGCACUCCCAUCAGGAAUGCCAAGAAGGACAAAGUCAUAGGCGUAUGUCAGUUGGCGAACAAGAUGGAUGAGGCGUCGGGCAGCGUGAAGGCCUUCAACAGGAACGACGAGCAGUUCCUGGAGGCAUUCGCCAUCUUCUGUGGUCUCGGCAUCCAGAACACACAGAUGUACGAGACCGUGGAGAGAGCCAUGGCAAAGCAGGAGGUCACACUGGAGGUUCUGUCGUAUCACGCCUCCGCCACAGAGGAAGAGUCGCGGGAACUGCAGGUAACAGCGGUAGCCACAAUACCGUCUGCCCAGUCGCUGCGUCUCAUGGACUUCAGCUUCAGCGACUUCGACUUGUCGGACACUGAAACCACGUUGGGCACCAUCCGCAUGUUCGUUGACCUCAACCUGGUCCAGAACUUCCAGAUGAAGUACACGAGUAUAUGCCAGUGGGUCCUGAGUGUGAAGAAGAACUACAGGAAGAAUGUGGCCUAUCACAACUGGAGGCACGCCUUCAACACGGCCCAGUGCAUGUUCGCCCUCCUCAAGUCAGGACGCCUACAGAAUAACCUGAGUGAUCUGGAGGUCUUGGCUCUGAUGAUUGCGACUCUCAGCCACGACCUGGACCACAGAGGAGUCAACAACUCCUACAUACAGAGGAGCGACCACCCACUGGCCCAGCUCUACUGCCACUCCACCAUGGAGCACCACCACUUCGACCAGUGCCUCAUGAUCCUCAACAGCCCUGGAAACCAGAUCCUAAGCGGUCUCUCCCUGGACGAGUACAAGGCCACUCUGAAGAUGAUCGAGAGGGCUAUUCUGGCCACCGACUUGGCCCUGUACAUGAAGAGGCGAGGGGAGUUCUUUGAGCUCACCAAGAACAGCCAGUUUGUUUGGGAGGACGAACAUCACAGAGAUUUACUGAGGUCAAUGCUGAUGACUGCAUGUGACAUCUCGGCCAUCACCAAGCCCUGGCCGGUGCAGAAGAGGAUUGCAGAGCUGGUGGCCACUGAGUUCUUUGAACAGGGGGAUAAGGAGAGACAAGAGCUAAACAUUGAACCGAUUGACCUGAUGAAUCGUGAGAAGAGAGAUAAGAUACCCAGCAUGCAAGUGUCCUUCAUUGAUGCCAUUUGCACUCAACUAUAUGAGACUUUGGCUGGCAUGUCCGAGUGUUGCUCCCCCUUGUUGGAAGGAUGCCAGAAGAACCGGCAGCACUGGAAGCAUUUGGCUGAGGAUUGCGAGAAGGAACUGGUCAACGGCUUGGUGUGAUCCCGAAGCCAGUUUGGCUUUUCAACCUACACUAAUUUCCAGGGCUUUCCCUGUUCAACCUGGUCUCACAAAGUUUCAUGAAAUUAGCAUGAUAUACAUAUAUACACAUGAAAGAUCAAAUAUCCUUUGUGAAUGGAAAGUGACCAUUACAUUUUUUAGAUUAUGUUGUGGGGAAAGAAAACUCUAGAUUUUGAUAAUGAAAGGGCAGAUUCACCUGCAUUCAACUUUCGAAAUCUUGGAGCAGCUUCAGGUCCCAAGUUGUGUCGAAGGGUUCGAUAAGACUUUUUUCUGUCUACUUAGUUAUUUUCAUAGGUAGGUCCAUCCUUCCAUUUUGCAAUAAUGAGGUUUCACUCACCAAGUUCCUCAUUCGGAUCUGGGAAUACAACAUACUAACUGGGGAAGGCAGCUAGCACUGGUGCUAACUUGCUUCAUUAGGAAAUAUAGAACCAAUAUACAUUCAGAACUUACCUGGUAGUGAUACCGUUUCUCACUUCUCCGAGACAUCUCUGUUUUAUGUUCUGUCUGUAUAGAAGUUGAAUCGCACAACUCCAGGUGUACACGUGGCGACAACGUGUUUGUCCUCCAUUUCCGAUCUUUGACGUCACAACACAGCAUCACGCACAUUUUUUCAAAUCAGAAGUGUGGGAACAUUUUGGUCAUAUUCCCAAAAUUUUUGCGAGCAUUUAGACAUCAAUUACUGUAUUGCUACACGAGGAGACAGACAUUGUUGUCCAUAGAGCCUGACUGCAGAUGGCCCAUGUUUUCUUCCCAGAUCUCAACUUUACUGAGUGCAUAUAAGAAAUGGUCCGACCUAUGAAAAUAAGAGCCAGGCUGUAAUACCCCUUGUUUAAUACCUCUAACAAAUUCCUGCAGUUGUUAAACUCUCACGACAAUGAGUGUGUGAGAAUGACAUGCUUCAUUUCCUCAAGCUUUGUGAGACCCCUCUUCUUGUCGUCACUAUUCACUCACCAGAGACAAUAACAGAGUCAGCACUAAGCUAUAUUUAUUACAAUAGCCAUUUUUAUUUUUGCACAGAGUGGCUUUCAUCUUGAAGUCUCACACACACUAUCUCUCACGGGUAGUGAACCUUAGCGGCGCACUGAAUGGUGAGACAUAGAUCCUCAGGGAUCAGCACCAUUCCAGUGGGCUACAGAUAUUUACUAUAUACUUUACAGAGUGUCACAAUAUUCUGAUAAGCUUGUUCCAUUAUGUCUUUAAUCACAGCAGACACACUACAAGGGUUUGAGUCUUUUGUAUCGUUUUUUUUUUUCACUCAUUGUCUUAACUAUUGCAUAUUUAUUUUUGUUUUAUAUAUUUAUUAGAGUUUCUAUAUUGUAAGGUCAUCCAUUUGUCAAGAGCACACGAUUCUUUAUAUAAGAAAUGUAGUUUUCAUACUUAAAAAUCCCAUCUCUGCUUUUUUGAAGGAUCUUUCUUAGGAACAACUCUUUGCAGAUGACAUUUUGAAAUGUACUGUACUGUGUUAUUUGAUUUCUACUUCUUUUUUUUUUAAUGUAAAAUAGCCAAAGACUAGGCCCGCAAUUUCAAAUGGAAAUUGGUCUAGAUUCUUCCACUGCCUUGUUGUGAUAAAAUAGGACCAAUUCACAAUUUCAAAAAAAAAAGUAUAUAUAUUUUAUUUGUCCACAUCUCUCUGAUUCCAUUAAUGCCUUUCCCUGAAAAAAAAAAGGAUGUUUUUUACGUCCUGUUUUUAUAACUGAAUGAUGGAGCAUCGUUCAGAUGGAGGACAGUUGUAAUUCAGUACUUUGAUGACACUUGCAUUUGAGCCAGCGGGGAAACAUUGAGUGAACUUUAAAAAAAACCAACAAACAGCACAGAGGUGUCAUAAUUCCUAUUUGCAGAAAAUCCGACUCGCUGUUCGGCAAACACACAGUGACAUCAAUUUACAAAGACAUUAUUACAUUAUUAAUCUUUAAAUUCAUUUGAUUCAAUUAGGGUACAAGAGUUUCACUGAAGGUUAAACAGACUGGCUCAUAAGGUUUCUCUUGAAUUUGAUAGGACGUUCACGCACAUCGAAUAUUUCUGAAUGUAUCGGGGCUACAGUUUAUGCUGACACGCUAGAAAUCCCACUCGGUCAUGUGCAGCAGAAACCACUGCUGUCUGAUGGUUCUGCUAUAUUACCGAUCUGUGCAGUGGUUCCCAACCUAAUGAUCAGGACCCUCCCACCACCACCCCACCCCCAGGGGUCCCACGAUUAAUACGAGGGCAAAGAUGGAUGGAAUAGAAAAACAAUUGUUGUCUAAAGCAGAACAUUUUUCUCCGAUUUUUUGCCUUUGUCGUGUGAAAUACGUGUUUCAACAAAUCCUUCAAAUUCACCCAUAUUUGUAGAAGAAAAAAAAAUCACUCCUUGGUGGAACAGCUGUCUUGAAUGUCCACACGUGGACUGAGAGCUUUUUGGUACAAACAAAAACAAACCUGUUUUUCAGCAAACCCAUUUUCAUCGUAACAAAAGAAGCCAAAGUUCUCAUAUGUGGCAUUUAAGAGCUUUGAAGAAAUAUUUAAAUUGGGAAUAAUUUAGGGGUGCAUGAUAUUAUCGGGGCUGAUAGAGGGAGAAAGAUUUAAGCAAAUAAUUCCAAUGAUGUUUCUAUGUCAGGGAAAAAAGAUUGCAAGUUUUAAUACAACAAAUCUUAUGUCACCUGAAAGGUCGUCAUGUCAGCUCAGCUGUAUGGAAGAAACACAAAGCAGCUGUAAAAGAAGAAACGGACCACGGAUUUGUCCAUUCAACAGGCAUUUGAAAACUGCAAGAGGUUUACUAGAGACAGUGGAAAGGCUAAAGCAGUCCACGACAAAAUCGGUUAUAUCAUCUAUCUAUCCAUCAAUCCAAAGUUCCUAUCGGUUAUCAGUGUCACCCAUGAGAAGCAGAGAAUUAUUGGUGUUCUGUAUCAGUUGAAAAAAUCCAAAUCGUUAAAUCAUUAUAAUUAUAAUUUAACAAGACUAAUCAGCUACUCAAUUUCAACUUUGUGUAUUUAAUAGUUUUCCAACGAGACAUAAACCAUUUGAUACGUUGCGUUUCUAGGAUCUGCUGAAGUCCACACUCACCAACCUGUGGUGAGCUUGUUUCAUUUGAAGGGGCCGCAGAUGAAAAAGGUUGGGAGCCACUGCCACACAGAGAAGGAGAAUAGUGCAAGCAGCAGAGUUCUGCCCAUCUGGAAGGGACUUCACUGAACAACCUGCAUCAAAAAUGCCCCCCCCCCCCUGUGUUUCUGCUCGGUGAUAAGCAGCACAGGGUUUCUGCUGGAUAUGUACCAGUGGAUAACAGCGUGUCAGCAGAGCUCUAACCACUCAAACACAGGAUUUCACCUUCUGUUUUGAAACGUAGAUCCUGAGUUGAAUUUUUUUUUCAUUACCAUUUUUUGUUCUGCAUAGAAAGGGAAUGAGGUUUCAUAAUGGAGGAGACGUCUGUCAUCAGUCCAUCACUUUACUGCUCUGUACGCACAACAGGUGCCACCCAUGUGCAUUUUUACUAACAGCAACAAACAGGCCCUACAGCCUGGUUUUCACUAAAGCACUUUUGUAGACGCACAUGCUCAGAAAGCUUGUUUGUAUCUGUGGUUGUUUUGUACUUAGUCUGCAGGAGUGGGGUACAUGUGCCUGUCACCUGACCUCUGAGCUCGUACGUGAAGAUUUCCUCACUGCUUCAGUCUCUGGCUUGUUUCAGAGAAGUUUGCUUCCCUCCUUGUUUUGUUGCAUGUACACGAGAGGGCAUUACACCAGAGAGGUUUUUUUUAAAUAAAAGACAAAGACUUGAGUUGUCUACUGCAGGUGAGAGAAUCUAAUAUGCUGAUAUGGUACUGUGAUGAAGGAGGUGUUCCACAUCUGCAACUGUCGACACCACUGAACACUGUGAGCCAAGUAAAUGGUUUGUCCCAUUAAAGAAUAAUGCUUA